AUGAGGAACAUCAUUGCCGUCGCUGCCUUUGCUGCGGGCUCUAACGCCCUCGUUGGCCGCGCUGAUAGCUGCUGCUUUCACCUUACUUCCUCCGGCGGUGCCUCCGGUACACUUGGCCAGCUAGGUGAUGGCCAGAACCGUAUUGGCGAUAGUAAUCUGCAACCCGCACAGUACUGCAUCGACGUCAAUGGCGGCAUUACUGACUCCAGCGGCCGUGGGUGCAUCCUCACUCCUCCCACUACUCAACUCCAGUGUGAUGAGGGUGUGACUGCUACACCCGGUUUCUCUGUCAACUCCCAGGGUAAACUCGAGUACCAUAACAGCCCUGACUUCAUUGCAUGUGCUACGGGCGAGAACGCUGGUCUGAAUGUCUACACUACCCCUAACAAGAUGGAUGUCACUGGCUGCCCUACCUCCGGUGCUCCAGGAGCUCCUGGUGGUGGUGGUGGUGGUGGUGCCGGGCUGCAGCCCUCUGUUACUGUUACAGUGACACAGCCUGCUCCCGGCGUCGGCGGUGGUGGUGCCGGGCCGCAGCCCCCUAUUACUGUUACAGUAACACAUCCCUCUCCCGGCGGCGGCGGCGGUGGUGGUGAAUCGCAGCCUGGCGCCUCUCCUAGUGCACCUUCCCCUGGCGGCGGGGGCGGAGGCGGAGGCGGUGGAGGUAUCUCUGUUAGUGUGCCUCCUUUCCCCGGCGGCGGUGGAUCACACCCUGGUGGCUCCGCUACCGCACCCGCUCCUACUGGCGGUGGUCAAUCGCAGCCUGGUGCCUCUCCUAGUGCACCCUCCCCCGGCGGUGGCGGCGGUGGUGGCUCACAUCCUGGCGGCUCUGCUACCGUGCCUGCUCCCACUGGCGGUGGUGGAUCGCACCCUGGUGGCUCGGCUACCGUACCUGCUCACACUGGCGGUAGUUCGCAGCCUGGGACCUCUCCUAGUGCAACUUCCCCCGGCGGUGGCGGAGGUGGUGGUGGUUCGCACCCUGGUGGCUCUGCUACCGGGCCUCCCCCCACUGGUAGCCCACGUCCCACUGGGUCAGCUUCCGUCCCCGCUACCUCCGGUGGUGCCCCUCAUCCCACUGGCUCCGCUAGCCCUACCUCUCCUACCACCUCGCCCACUGGGACCUCCGGUGGUGCUUGUCCCACUACCCUCUCGGGCAACUAUGAGAUUCCUCACCUUAUUGUUCCUGUCGACUCGUCCUCGCCUGAUACCCCUGUUGGAACUGGGCUUAACGGUAGCGUGACCUCGACCACCUCGACCGUAUUCAACUUCGACAUCCCAAAUUCCGACUCUGGGAAGACCUGCAGCCUCGUGUUCCUUUUCCCUAGGCUUGACCAGCUUGAGACUUCGUCUUACACCUUUAAUAGGGAUGGCAGGAUCGACUUCGCUCAGCUCUCUUCCCCUGCCGAUUCCUCAACCUCCUUUAAUAACGUGCCCUCAGUGUCCCAGGACCUCGGUACUAUCACUGUCUCCCCGGGCAACUCAUACGUUAUCUCUACCUUCUCUUGCCCGGCUGGCCAGUCUGUUACCUAUGAGAUGAAGAAUGCUGGUAGCACCGACUUCAACUUCUUCGAGGACUGGAACCCCUCUCCUCUCGGCCUGUUCAUCACCACUUGCUAA